UUAAUUUUAAGUGUUGCUUUAGUGAAAUAAUAUACGCGAAUACAAGCCUAAAGUUGUCUUUAUACUUGUAAAUCGUUACGAGUGCUAUAUAUGGCUCAUUUUUAUUGCAAUACGAACAUAAUCGCAUCGCACAUGUCGCAGUGGCAAGCAAUUGCCAUUGCCUAAAAAUUCGUGUUGAAGAAAAAAAGAAAAAUACUGUGAAAUUUAAAUUUAUACAUUAAGAACUGGUCUUCAGAACUAAAUAACUAAUCAUGCCGCAGAAUGAGUAUAUGGAGCGGCAUCGCAAGCUGUAUGGCCGGCGACUGGAUUAUGAAGAGCGUAAGCGCAAGAAGGAAGCGCGUCUGCCCAAGGACAGAGCACGCAAGGCUCGCAAGUUGCGCGGUAUCAAGGCCAAGCUCUUUAACAAGGAGCGACGCAACGAAAAGAUUCAGAUCAAGAAGAAGAUCCAAGCGCACGAGGAGAAGAAGGUGAAGAAGCAGGAGGAGAAGGUGGAGGAUGGAGCCCUGCCGCAUUACCUGCUCGACCGUGGCAUCCAAUCCAGCGCCAAGGUCCUCUCCAAUAUGAUCAAGCAGAAGAGGAAGGAGAAGGCCGGAAAAUGGGACGUUCCCAUUCCCAAAGUUCGCGCUCAAUCGGAUGCUGAAGUCUUUAAGGUGCUGAAGACUGGCAAGACAAAGCGGAAGGCAUGGAAGCGCAUGGUCACCAAAGUAACCUUCGUGGGAGAGAACUUUACCCGCAAGCCGCCCAAGUUUGAGCGCUUCAUCCGCCCCAUGGGUCUGCGCAUGAAGAAGGCCCAUGUGACGCAUCCGGAACUGAAGGCCACCUUCAAUCUGCCAAUCAUUGGUGUGAAGAAGAAUCCCAGCUCUCCCAUGUUUACAUCGCUGGGAGUGAUCACUAAGGGCACAGUUAUCGAGGUCAACAUCUCCGAGCUUGGAUUGGUGACUCAAACGGGAAAAGUGGUCUGGGGCAAGUAUGCUCAGGUCACGAAUAACCCAGAAAAUGAUGGCGUUAUCAAUGCAGUGUUGCUUGUAUAAACCGUCAAUAUUCCUGCUCCCUACUUUAAGAUGCUUGGUUUAAUAAACAAAUACAAAAUAUUAA